AGAGAUAAUGGAGUUGAAGAAGCGAUUGUAUAAAUCGUACAAGAGUAGGAAGCUGGGCUUGGCAUCGACGAAAACGCGUCGUAGAAACGCUCAGCUUAAUCGUUGAGAACACAUUAAUAUUUUAUUUUGUGGUGUAUUCAUUAGUUGAUAUAUUUUAAUAUGAGUUCGGAUCCGUUAGAUUCUUGUUUAAAUGAGCUUGAAAAUACCUUUUCCAAAUUAUCCAAAGAUAAAUCAAAUACUUGCGAGAAUUUACAAAAAUGUAUGAAAUUAAUUGAGGAGAUUAAGGAUUCGUUGGCGAAGGUCAGGUUAAGCUCCGAAUUUAUGACCCGAGACCAUCUCCUGAAGAUGAGGAAGUUUUUUGAACUUUACGCCCUUGUUUGCCUCGAACUAAACGACACCGAAGGCUUCAAAUGCGCCUACUCACAACUACACCCGCUCUACUUCGAUUUCUCACACUUGUUGUUGCGGAGUGACCGUAUGAGUUAUGUGUUGAGUAUGUGGAUGUUGCAUUUGGUGAGUGAGAAUAAGAUUGGGGACUUGUAUAUGUUACUGGAGCGGAUUCCGGCGGAUUUGAAGAAGGACGAGAAAAUCCUCUUUGUGAUAAAUUUGGAACGUCUGAUGAUGGAGGGGAAUUUGGGGAAACUCCUGGACUUGAAUGAUAACUCCAAUGAGUACCACAGGAUCAUCGCAGCGACCUAUAGGAAUAAAAUCGCCUCCGCCAUGGAACUCAGCUACAAACAACUCGACAUGGACUACAUCAUCAAAACACUCAAACUCAAAAAUAAACAAGAGUUGUUGGAUUUUAUAUCGUAUUACAACCAGUUUAAGCUUCAGUCAGACACGACUUCUGUACCCUGGAAAGUGCUGGAGGACGCUGUGGUAUUCCAAAAUGACUCUGUCGUAAAGCAUAAAAUACCAUCCAAAGAGCUCCUAAACAACUCCCUAAAGUACCUAAACGAUCUCGAAAAGAUUGUCUAACCCCUCUUAACACUUAAUUACACUAUUAACACUAUAAUAAUACUAUAAUAAUAA